AUGGCCGGCCCGGGAGCAUCGCCCUACGUCUGGGGGUGGCUGCUGCUCGGCGGUUGCCUUCUCGCCGGAGCCCAGCUGGAUUUUGAUGGCACCAUUACUAUAGAGGAGCAGAUUGUCCUUGUGCUGAAAGCUAAAGUACAGUGUGAACUCAACAUCACAGCUCAACUUCAGGAAGGAGAGGGAAAUUGUUUCCCAGAAUGGGAUGGACUCAUUUGUUGGCCCAGAGGAACAGUGGGGAAAAUAUUGGCAGUCCCAUGCCCUCCUUAUAUUUAUGACUUCAAUCAUAAAGGAGUUGCUUUCCGACACUGUAACCUCAAUGGAACGUGGGAUUUUAUGUACAGCUUAAAUAAAACAUGGGCUAAUUAUUCAGACUGCCUUCGUUUUAUGCAUCCAGAUAUCAGCAUAGGAAAGCAAGAAUUCUUUGAACGCCUCUAUGUCAUGUACACAAUCGGAUAUUCUGUCUCCUUUGGUUCCUUGGCUGUGGCUAUUCUCAUCAUUGGUUACUUCAGACGAUUGCAUUGCACUAGGAACUAUAUCCACAUGCACUUGUUUGUGUCUUUCAUGCUGAGAGCUGUAAGCAUCUUUGUCAAGGACAAAGUGGUCCAUGCUCACAUAGGAGUAAAGGAGCUGCAGUCCCUGUUGAUGCAGGAUGACCUACAAAAUUCCAUAGAAAUGCCUUCUGUGGACAAAUCAAAAUAUAUUGGGUGCAAGAUUGCUGUUGUGAUGUUCAUUUACUUCUUGGCUACAAAUUACUAUUGGAUCUUGGUGGAAGGUGUCUACCUACAUAGUCUAAUCUUUGUGGCAUUCUUUUCGGACACCAAAUACCUGUGGGGCUUCAUCUUGAUAGGCUGGGGUAAGAUCAUUACCAGCAUGUGGAGGAAAAAUUGGAGAAAAGUAAUAAUAAAGAUGAAGCUAGCAUUUUUGAAUGAUACCCACAUUCCACUUUCUGAGGGUUCUGCAAAUAUUAAUUUAAUUGCACUUCCUAUCAACCCUAUGAGACUGAGGCCAGAAGAAGGAUGCUGGGAACUUAGUGCUGGAAACAUCAAGUGGAUUUACCAAGCCCCAAUCUUAGCAGCUAUUGGGCUCAAUUUUAUUCUGUUUCUGAAUACCGUUAGAGUUCUGGCUACCAAAAUCUGGGAGACCAAUGCAGUUGGGCAUGACACAAGAAAACAGUACAGGAAACUGGCCAAAUCAACCCUGGUCCUCGUGCUGGUCUUUGGAGUGCACUACAUCGUGUUCCUGUGCCUGCCCCAUUCCUUCACGGGGCUGGGCUGGCAGGUCCGGAUGCACUGUGAGCUCUUCUUCAAUUCCUUUCAGGGAUUCUUUGUGUCUAUCAUCUACUGCUACUGCAACGGGGAGGUUCAGGCUGAGGUGAAGAAGUUGUGGAGUCGGUGGAAUCUCUCCAUCGACUGGAAAAGGACGCCCCCCUGCGGCGGCCACAGAUACGGCUCCGUGCUCACCACGUUCACCCACAGCACCAGCAGCCAGUCGCAGGGGGCAGCCAGCGCUCGCUUGGUGCUCAUCGCAGGCAAAACCACCAGGACGGCCGGCCGCCAGCUCGACAGCCACGUGACUUUACCCGGCUAUGUCUGGAGUAAUUCGGAGCAGGACUGCCUGCCACGCACGAUCCACGAGGAGACCAAGGAAGGGAACGCGAGGCUGGGAGAGGAGAUUGCAAUGGUGGAGUCUCCCAGGCCCUUGGAAUUUAACCCGGACCCGCAGGGAAGCAGAGGAGAAACCGAGGAUGUUCUCUGAGUCAACAUCUGUGACUUCGAAGAGUUGGUCCCUCUGGUUGUGUUAGGCGAGCUUGGCUGGCAUUCCUCUGCUUGAGCCCCAGAACUGAAAAUUCGGGGUUCAAAGUGUUACUUCACAGAGGUUUUCAGGUUGCAUGAAUUGGAUUCUAUAAAUAGUAAAGACACAAAAGGAGAAGUGUCAGUGGAGUAGUUUAUUACCUUCUUUUGGCAUUAAAUUCUCUUCUGAAUUGUCGUGUGGUACUUGCUCUUUGAUUGUUCAUUUUUUUCCUGCUACUUUUGGGUAGAAAACGUUUCAAUUGCUUGGCUCUAGUUUUCUCUCAUAAAAAUAUCGCUCUGGGUAUGAUAGAGAUCAUUCCAUAUGUGUCAUUUCCCUUUUAAGAAAUUAGCAGUCCUCUUCCUCAUUUUAAUGUACUUCUACCACUGCAUUCCUUUGGCCUGUGCAUAGGAGCAAUUAGGGUCUGAAAACAUACCUUGCACAAUGAAAGAGCUAAGCACAAGUACACACUGGAAAAAAAAAAGUGGCUGGACUUUGAUAAGAUAAUAAAUUUGUGAAAUAUCUGUUUCUUUCUAGAAACAAGGAAAAUUACUCCAAAUAGUAC